CUUUAAAAUUCAAACAUCCGAGUCCAUGCCAUCAGCGUCAAUCCAAAUGAAAUUCGAGUUCAGAGCUAAAACCUCGUCGACAAGCCAAACUUUGGACCGAUGCCCACGAGGAUGACCAAAUGCGCCAGCCCUUCCGCCGAGCCUCCAUCUACCUCCACCUGCUGCUAAUAACCGAGGCCGUGAUCGGACUGCUGAUCCUGGUGGUGACCGCCUACUACCACGCCGUGCUCACCGGCUAUCUAUCGGAGAUCGAGUGCCGCCUGAUCUACGGCUAUCUGUUUGGGAUCUACGUGUUUGGGGCUCAGCUAGUGGUGACCUUCCUCUGCAGCAUUGUCAUGUGGCGGCGAAUUUGGAGGCGACGUUGCACGCCCAACAUCCGCCUCCUGCUAUCCGUGUGGGCCUUCUACUCCUGCGUAAUCAUUGCCUCCGGUUUCGGGUGCGUUUGGAACCUUUACCGAGGUGUCGAUGUCCUCGAGAAUGCGGCGGACACCUCGCUGACCCGGGGCAUCGACAUGUACUAUACGUGUCCCGAGUGGAAACUCCUGUGGGACGGCCUGCAGUGGCACAAGGAGUGCUGCGGGGUGCAUGGCUACAAGGACUGGAUGAACGCGGAGUGGAUGCCACGUCGGGAGAAUAACUGCUCGUCGAUGGUCCUGGCACCCUUCGCCUGCUGCAAGCGCUCCUGCGACAGCUGCUUUAACAACUUCCUCCCGGGUGAGGGGCAGUCCAUCAGUAGCCGGCAGCCUUUUCCCGCUCUCACCGUGGACUCCAUCAAUGCGAACGGAUGCUUGCCGGUGUUCGUUAGUGCGGUGUGGAACUUCUUUUACAUCCUGCUGGCCCUAUGGGUCCUGGCCCUUAAGUUCCUGAUCCUGCUUUGCUGUAUGACCAAGUUCAUAGUCCACCGGCAGAAUGAGGGAGAUGGCUGCGAUAAUGUGGGACUCACGGACGAGGAUGGGCAUCCCUUGGUCGUGGUGAAAUAUCCCUGUAACGUGCGCUGCGUGACGAUUGCCGAGGAUGAUCUGGUUUCCGACAACGUUCCCGAUGUUAACUAUUGCAAUUGCACCGAAUUGGAUGACGAACAGUGUGGAUACUAAUUUUGUUUCAUUUUUCUUUUAUAUUUUAUA